AUGGAUACCAAAUCGGUCUUGAUCCUUGCGGAUCAGCUUGCAGAAGAUUUGGAGGAUUUAGAGGAAACACUUGAACCACUCUCGGCCAAUUCUCUGAUUACCACCACCAAGAAAUUACCGCUCCUCGAUCGUGCCAAACUUAACGUUCUCCUAGUCUACGCCAUCGAAUCCCUCAUCUUCUCAUACCUCAGAUUACAUGGCGUCCAAGCCAAAGAGCACCCAGUCUUCCGCGAGUUAACCAGAGUCAAGCAGUACUUUGAAAAGAUCAAAGCGAUCGAGGCUGAGCCAAACAAGUCCCAACCAGCUGUCGUGCUGGAUAAGAAUGCUGCAGGAAGAUUUAUCAAACAUGCCCUGGCUGGCAAUGACCAAUACGACCUCGAGCGUAGAGAGCGAGAGGCACGUCAAAAGUUGUUGGCAAAGAGAAAGCUCAAGGAGCUCGAAGCAGUCAUGAAAGAGAAGGCCGAAGCCAAUACCCAAGAUGAUGCUGAAGCCGAAGCAACAGCGCUUGCUGCGGCGCAGGAGGCGGCCCAGCUGAUCGCGAUGGAUGUCGAAGAAGGAGAAGUCUCGGAAGAGGUCGCGUCUUCAUCACUGUCUUCGGAUAGUAAUGAUGAUGGGGUCUUGGGCAGUGGAAUGGAUCUGACCAAUACUUCUGAUUCAGCUGUGGCGCAACCUGACUUACACCCUACGUCUCAAGACUCAGAGGACUCACCCGAUCAGACAGUGCCCGAUCCUCCCAUGACAAGGCAAGGAAAGAACAGCAAGAAGCAGAAGAACUCAUCUGCGACUGGUCCCCAGAUUUUAACGAACCAGAAGGCAACGAGCAAAAAGCAACGCAAGAAAGCGAGAAAAGCAAGCGCUGCAGCUGCUGCCAAUACCCAAGCAGCCACAACCGCGAAGAAGGCUAAAAAGGCCAAGAAGGCAAAAAAGUCAAAAGCCGGUUCUUCGAAGGGUUGA